AUGCCGGCCAAGCAGAAGAAAGGCAACAAGAAGAAUAGCCACAUAGCAGCGGAAAAGAGAAGGUCGCAGGCUUCUUCAGAUGCGACCUCUGCAGCUUCUCCACCUGCCAAAGUUACCAAUUAUCGAGAAAUCCAUGUGAACGAGGCAGAGGCCUUGCGUUCGAUCUAUGGUGACGAUUUUGAGUAUGUGGAGACUCGACAGUCUGUUUGGAAGACGACCCCGAACUUGACGUUGGAGUCGGCUGACGAUUUACGAGGUGACGCGAAAUCGCGCAUUCGGAACAUUGUCACUGCAAAGCCCAGCGAACUCGUCGGAAAUGAGAUGAUCUAUGAAUUGGCCGUCUCGAUUCAGGAUAUUUUGGAAGAUGCUGCCGUGUUGCGCGCACAAUCUGAAGCGGGUCAAAGCUUGGAAGAGGAACGAAUGGCCCAGGAAGCCGCAGCCCUCCAAGAGGCCGAAAGAUUGAGACAAGAGGAGCUAAAAAGGCAGCAAGAAGCCACCAAGGAAGAAGAAAAGGAAUACGAAGCGGCGUUCAAGAACCAGAUUAAGCUCAGGCAGCGUGAGAAAGAACAAAAUCACCGUAGAAAAAGCAGAACCAUGUUGGAAGAUGCUGAGCAUUUGGAUUCAAACGAGGAUACUCCUGGAGCUGUUACUUUUGACCGCCCUAUGGUCGUUAUUGAUAAUGAAGGACGGCAGUUGACUUUCAAAUCCGUCCACGGCAGAACGUUAAUUAACCACGCUCACUAUCAGGAAACGUUUACCGUCAAACCGGUCGUUCCCGCCGCCGCGCCCCGUGUUCCUUUUCUUGUUCUCAAGGAAAUCUUCAUCCGUGAGAAGGAGACGAAGCUAUCAGAUGUAAGACAGCGGAUAAGGUCAAGCGAAGACAAACUGGAGGUACUUCGGUCUCUCCGACAUCCAAAUUUGGUUGAGUUCGUGGGAUACAAGAUCUAUAGCCCACUUGAUCCCUAUGUUUCUCAUGACAAUACUUGGCAUGUUUCGGCACUUUUUGAAUACGCAAACAAGGGGUCUCUCUCUGAACUUCUGGAUAUGGUUGGAACUUUGGCAGCAGAAAACGUGAAAGCCUGGAUGAUUCAACUUGUCGAAGGACUUGAGUUUUACCACCGACACCGGCUUGUUCAUGGAAACAUCCAUUGUGCCCGUGUCCUUCUCUUUCGAAGCUCGACCGGUGGUACUGUGGUAAAACUGCUGGGAAGCAUCGAAGAAGCCUUGCCGUUACCAUCUAACGCAAAGAGGGCCUUUGCCGCUUCCAAAUCUACCUUUUGGGUACCUCCAGAAUUGAUGCAGGAAGAUGCGAAGCCAACCAUUAAGACCGAUGUAUGGGAUUUGGGUAUUGUUUUUCUUCAGAUGGGUUUUGGAAAAGAUGUCUUACAACGGUAUACUUCGGCCAAUUCGCUCAUCUCGUCAUUGGACCUCUCUCAACCGCUUCAGGACAUGGUACGUGAACUUUUUCAAUCGGACCCUAAGAAGAGGCCGACCGCUUUUCAAAUUCACCCCUUUGAGUUUUUCCGAGUCGAUUCGCCUUUGAUAAUGCCGACAGCCACAUCAAGCUCAGCACCUUUACCAAGGCGACCAAGAAGCGAUUCACAAGGAGUGCUGCCAACAUUUUCGCGCUACGAACAUGACUUUGACGAAGUCGGCCGUCUGGGUAGAGGAGGGUUUGGCCAGGUCGUCAAGGCGAGAAACAAGCUCGACGGCCGCUUCUAUGCCGUGAAAAAGAUAUCCCAUAAAUCUUCUGCUGCAUUGAAAGAUACCCUGUCGGAGAUAGUGCUGCUCUCUCGCUUGAACCAUCCCUAUGUCGUGAGGUAUUAUACUGCUUGGUUGGAAGAAGACUAUUUCGGAACCGAGGAAGAUGCAGUUGAAUCUACUGAUCAUGAACUUUCCCAUCCUGAGAUCGAGUUUGGCUAUAGCACUAGCGGGCUCGACUUUAUGAGUUCGAAAGGGUACCCGAAGAUUGAGUUUGGAUACGAUAGCGAUGAGCAGCCACCAGGAGACGAUCAGGCGGAGGACCAUACGGUGUCGAAUGGCAUUGCUGGCGAAGACGACGAUGGCUAUGAUGAUGGAGAACCGACACAAUCCCUGACAGACGAGGAAGGUGACGAGCUUGAGCUGGUCGAUUCGGGAAAUUCACACCAAGUCACUUCCACUUUAUAUAUCCAGAUGGAAUAUUGUGAAAAGCAUGCUCUUCCGACAAAUACUGGAUGGCUUGAAUCAUAUCCAUACGCAUGGUAUAAUCCACAGAGAUCUGAAACCCGGAUAACAUUUUCUUGGAUGUCACCAAUAAUCCUCGCAUUGGAGAUUUUGGCCUGGCAACCCGCGAUGUUUUCCCUUGGGAUUAUAUUCUUCGAAAUGUGCCAUCCCCUCAAUACUGCAAUGGAACGGGAUCAUACUCUUCAAGAAAUCAGGCAGAAAGACCAUGUAUUGCCCGAAACGUUCGAAAUACCAGAGAAGGUCGUCCAAGGACAGAUCAUUGAAUCACUCAUCAGCCACCGCCCAGGCGAGCGGCCAGCUGCAAUGGAGAUUCUACAAAGCGGGAAGAUUCCGUUGCAAGUCGAGGAAGAAAUGUUCAAGAAGGCUGUUAUGGGUUUACUAUCAGAUCCGAAUUCUGCAGACUACAAAAAGAUUCUCUCUGCAAUAUUUUCACAGCCAUCUAACAAGUUUGAGGACUUGACUUGGGAAAUCGAUUCACGUGAAUCGCCUCCUGUUAACGAAAUGGUACUUCAAGGCGCAGUGAAGAGCCAACUCACCAGUAUAUUCCAGAAUCAUGGAGCGGUUGAGACAACCAGACAAGCGUUGUUCCCGCGCUCAAAUUAUUAUGGUCCUGGAGUUGUCAGGCUGUUGGAUCCAGACGGCAAUCAAGUACAGCUACCCUUUGAUUUGACUCUACCUAAUGCUCGUUCGGUUGCCCGUCAACAUCCGUCAAUCGAAAAGAUGUUUUCUUUUGGCACGGUAUUUAGAGAGGCUGUUCAUGGAGGACAACCGCGUGCGCACAAUGAGGUUGAUUUUGAUAUCGUUUCACACAAUACGCUUGACCUUGCUUUGAAAGAAGCGGAAGCUAUCAAAGUCCUGGACGAAGUCCUUGAUGGCUUCCCUUCUUUGAGAUCCGCACAAAUGUGCUAUCAUCUCAAUCACUCCGAUCUCCUAGAUACCAUCAUCGCUUUUUGCCGCAUCAGUGUGAAGCAAAGGCCGUUGGUGAAAGAGGUAAUCAGCAAACUCAAUGUUGGGCAUUGGACCAUGCAGAAGAUUCGAAGUGAAUUGCGCGCGCCUGGCAUUAGCGUUGCGUCAACUUCUAUUGAUGACCUAGCUCGAUUUGAUUUUAGAGAUGCAGUUAUUGCCUACCUGAAAAGAUUUCGGGUUAGACGCAAGAUUUAUAUCAGUCCACUGAGCAGUGUCAACAACAAAUUUUAUGGAGGCAGUAUCCUAUUCCAGUGUAUUUUUGACACUCGCAGAAAGGACGUCUUCGCGGCGGGUGGUAGAUAUGACAGCUUGAUCCAAGAAUUUCGACCGAAGAUGCUUUCAGCACGAUCUCAAUGCCAUGCAGUAGGAUUUUAUCUCAGUUUUGACAAGCUCACUGCGUCGAUGGCGAACUUUGUCAAAGGAAGAACCAAAGGCUCCUCGAAACACGGGUCAGAACUCAGUGGUAUUUGGCGGAAACGCAAGGUAAUUUCCUAG